UUUGUGUUUUUCUUAAUUAAUGACUAACAAUUAAUGGUUAUCCAAAAUAAUUGGGUUAUUUAGCAGCUCCCUGGAUUAUUGUGUCUUUAUACCUGCACACUGCUGGUUAUGUGUUUUCAAAAAUGUGAUGCGGUUUUCUAACUCUGCAGUGGACUUUGAUCGGUUCAAUGGAUGGCCGUGGAUAGCUAACAUUUAACCGAUUAGUAUUUUAAAAUUUUGAUUUAUUCUUUACUGUAUUCCCAUUAUAUCUUUUAUGUAUUUGCCUCUAAAAUUAACCUGGAGUGUUCAAACCCUGUGUGUUUGGUUUGUUCUUCUAAAAGUUAGCUUUAUUGUUUCUUUUCAGAAGCUCUUCAUCAAUCAUUUCUCAGAUCAGUAGUUCAUUAAAUCAUCUCUGUCUUAUCUUUCAGCAGCUAAAACACACUGGAGAUUUCCACAAAGGAGAGAGAUGGACAACACUUCACAUACACUGCCUUACUUAUCUUCAUGCCCAAACACUUUUGGAGGUUAUCUGCCUUUCCCCUCCUCUCCCCACAAGAUCUGCUCCAAUGGUUCACUCCUGAUCUCAGCUGAUUCAUUGCCCUCGCCUCCUAUCUCACUUUCUCCGGCAACAGCAGAAUCCAUUCAGUCUACCUCUCCUCUUUCACACUAUACAAGAUCUCAGUGCUUUAAAGAACAAAACAUACAAGGCCUCAGUCCAGAAUACGCAUCAGAUCAAGACGACCUAACCUGCCUUUCCUGGUUGCAUCAGAGAGGCAAUCUAUUACCACUGCAGCCCUUAUCCAAAAUGACACUGCUGCCUCCGCUAGAGUCAUCAGCACCUGUUCAGUCUGUUCCUUCCAGCUCAUGUAAGCCACCAUAUUCCUUCACUUGUAUGAUUUUUAUGGCAAUAGAAGAUUCACCAAACAAGAGGCUUCCAGUGAAAGACAUCUAUGAAUGGAUAGUGAACAAUUUCCCUUACUAUAAGUCAGCUUCUGGAGGCUGGAGGAACUCUGUUCGACACAAUCUUUCUCUCAGCAAGAGCUUCCAUCGCAUUCAAAGGGACAAACAUCAGUCUGUUGGGAAGGGAUCGCUGUGGUGUGUAUGCCCAGAGUAUCGUCCAGCACUCCUUGAUUUGCUCAAGAAGACCCAUAAAUUUCAAAGUAACAACUGCAAUCUGAUAAACAAGCCUGCACUGUUGGAAGCAGCAGACUACGGCAUGACCUCAAUGUGUGACACUGUGGAUAUUUCAGAAUCUCUUUCCCAAACCCUCCUCAACACACCCUCACCACAACUGACUGCCAAUGAUCCGAAUCUUUGUGAAAACCCAACGUGCCUUUUGACCCCGGAUCAUGAAGAGCUCAUCACCGUGGAGCCAGUUGAAUACAAGCAGGAGGAGGCAAUUGUGGAGAUGGAAUUGGAAUUGGAAAUGGAGAAGGAUCCUCUGUUGGACAGCGGUUAUGUUGAGUUACACUACUACCAGUCUGAUCAGUACCAGUACCUCGUGCUGCCGAACGACACCCAGCUUGAUUUGGAGACUGUUGAGAUCCUUCAGCUCGACACCGAGGCCCAAGAGGCUGCUGGGUCAUUGCUCGAUCUUGCAGGUGGGGGAUAUUAAAAUUACAUCCCAUUUAAGAGUCACAACCAAUGCAAUACUUCACAGCAGUGUAAGCAAAAA